UUUUCCCUCAGUCUCCUUCAGUACCAGCUACAUCACUGAACUAUUGAGAAGCAGAAAAAGAACGAGCUAGUAAAAAAAAAAAAGAAGCCGAGAUCCGGAAUCUUUCCCGGUCGGCGCUUCUUCGUUUGUGAUUUGUUAACACAGUGAUUUAUUUAAUUUCUUGUUUUGUGUGUGAGUGUGUGUGUGUGUGGAAAUUGUCAAAUCAGUUCUUUUCGGGUUCAGGUGAUGCUGCUACAAACCCGAAUUUCGGGUUAUUCGACUUGAUUUUACAUGGUUUUCUGAGUGCAUCUGGUUGCGAUUGAAGUGCGUUACGACGAAAAAUUGAAAGUUGAGAAUCUGUUUUGUGUUCUUUGCUCGGAAUGGAGUUCUUCUGCAUCCUUGUUUGGCUUAUCUCUUGUUGGACUAUAGCUCAGUGCAACACUCCGCCCACCAUCGUAGCUGAAAGAUCUUGGAGUUUACCUGAAAACACAGCCGUCGGUACGCGGGUGAACCAAUUCCGAGGGUCAGAUUCGGACGACGACGUGCUCAACUUUUUCGUUGGAUCACCUUCGUUGCUGCCUGGCUUGCGUUUCCUCGAUGGCUCACCGUUCUUCCGCGUUGAUUCUAGAUCAGGUGCUGUUUAUCUCAAGGAACCAAUCAAUGGAAUGCGUGGCCAACGGCUCAUGAUUGGCGCCGGUGUCAACGAUGGAGUCUACAAUGCCAAAAUGGAUAUCGUCAUUCAAGUGACGUCAUCUGACGGGUCUGAAUUACCACCACUUGAUAAUCGUUUCAACUCCUUUCCGUUACCGGCCAGCGUUAAUCCACCACCUAUUCUUUCAUCCCCCAUCUCACCUGGUCUACCACCUCGACCUCCGUCACCGCCGGCUCUACCCGGUUCUUCAUCAAAAGAAGUGGAUUUUAGUAACAGCUUCGUGGCCCCACCAAUUAAGGCAGUCACUGAACGGGCUGAUUGGUCAAUAACACCAUCAGUACCGCACAAAGCUCUAGCUUCAAGAAUGCCUCAGCUAGGUAUCUCAGAGACUCAACCGACCGAGAAGACAUCAACCGAUGAUCCAGGUGUAGUUAAAGCGGAUCGCAUUGAGCCUGCGAUCACCGCUGUAAUCGUACCGGUCAUCGUCGGGGUCGUGCUGAUUGUCUUGGCAAUUCUGGGCUCUUCUAUGAUCUGGAUGCGAUCGAAACGUCCAAGAAGAGCCAGUCAAGGUGGUCCUUCGUCAUCGAUAAAUGAAGAGAAAGAGACGAAAAUUGAGGCUGUUAAGACUAUAAGUAACACGACAACAUCUUCAGCUGACCAGGAUGAACAUGCUCUCUCGUUACAGCAUUGGACUAGCAAGAAAGCUGUCAGCAAUCGCUACGAAUCGUGGCAUAUAGGCGAGAUCGAUCAAGAAUGGAGGAACAAGAACCAAACGGAAGACGGCUGGGAAUUUCCUCGUCAUCGGUUGCAUGUCAUUAGCAUUCUGGGCGAGGGCUGUUUCGGCCAAGUUUGGAAAUGUCAAGCACUCAACAUCGCUGGGCUUGAAGGCUCGUCGUUCGUGGCCGUGAAAACGCUGAAAGAAUCGGCUGCAGACAAAGAGAGACAGGACCUUCUUAAGGAACUUCAAGUCAUGAAAACCCUCAAGCCCCAUCCUAACAUUGUAACCCUUCUCGGUUGCUGUACGGACAAAGAUCCUGUUUUCGUCAUUAUGGAAUACGUAAACGGCGGUAAACUACAGUCCUUUUUAAGACAAUCCAGGGCCGAUCAUUACUAUGGCAACUUAUAUGGCGCCAGCAGCCACUUGAGCUCACGCGAUCUCACUUCAUUUGCCUAUCAAGUAUCUAGGGCCAUGGAAUUCUUAAACUCUAAAGGGAUUAUUCAUCGUGACCUGGCAGCUCGCAAUGUACUCAUCAACGAAGAACGUGUUUGCAAAGUUGCUGACUUUGGCUUUGCUCGCGAUAUUAUGGGGAAUAAUAUUUACGAGAGGAAAUCGGAAGGUCGCCUACCCAUACGCUGGAUGGCACCGGAAAGCCUCUACGAUAAUGUAUUUUCGUCCAAAUCAGAUGUCUGGAGUUUUGGCGUACUACUUUGGGAAAUUGUUACGUUAGGCUCCACGCCUUACCCGGGCAUGACAGCUGAUGCGGUUAUGCGAAAAGUUCGUGAAGGUUACAGACUCGAAAAGCCGGAACACUGCAAGAGGGAGGUGUAUAACGUCAUGUUUUAUUGCUGGGAAAAAGAUGCCGAUCAGAGGCCAGCUUUCACAGAGCUUGUACAGCUACUUGAACAGUUGUUAAUGUCCGAAACGGACUACAUCGAGCUAGAGAGGUUUCCGGAUCACUCUUACUAUAACAUGGUUCCGCCGUCGGAUGAAAAAGUCUGAGAAAAUGGAGGCCGUUCUCACUUUCCUAUCCAUUUGUAAUGAAUGUUUGUUUUUUCUUGUUCCAGUGGCAGUUAAAUUUAUUUCCAACAAUGUUCCCUUAUGUAACACCAAU